AUGGGUGUCGACUACCUCGCGCGGAAAUCCGCGAAGAAGGAUCGCAAGAGGGCAGGGAAGGAGGGCAAGGUGCCCCGCUCCCGCUCGAGGACGGGCCCCAGGCGAUUAUGUCGAGGAGUCUGCUUCCAGGAGCCGGUCCUCCAGGCCGCCGACCUGGAAGAAGAGGAAACCGGGCCACUGGCUCCCUCCGCCUCCGCCCCCCCUCCCAAGCAUGAGUCCCUGGAGAGCCGGAUAGCCACCCAGCUGACGUCCGAGCCGGUUCCUGCCGCGCCCCGGGUCGAGACACCGCGCCAGGCGGCCCCCAAGCGCCGGAAGAUGUCCACCAGCGUGGCCCUGCCCGUGCGUGUGGAGCACAGCGAGGCGGAGCGGCCGCUGCCGCAAGCCGCCCAGGGCGCCCCCACGCCGCCCAGCGCGGCGCUGGCGCAGCUGCCCCCCCUCUUCCAGCGCUACAUGGCCUCGAAAGGGUUCGCGGAGCCCACCCCGGUGCAGGACCAGACAUGGGCGCCGCUGCUGGCAGGCCGCGAUGUGCAGGCCGUGGCCGAGCCCGGCGCUGGGAAGACGCUGACGUUUCUGCUGCCUGCCGCGGCGCUGCUGGAGAAGGGGGCUGCCAAGGUCCCUGCUGCGACGGCGACGGUGCUGGUCCUGGAGCCGACGCGUGAGCUGGCCCAGCAGGUGGGCCUGGUCUGGAAGGACCUGGCGCAUCUGACAGGGGCUCAAGCCGCCGUCAUCCACGGCGGCGUACCUAAGCAAGAGCAUGUGCGUGGGGAGGGCCUUGGAGGGGUGGUCUUUGUGCUGGGUGCACUUUCGGAGACGGAGGAAGAUGAGGUAGCCGCCAUCAAGUCCAAGCCCCAGGUGGUCAUCGCCACGCCAGGACGCUUGUUGGACCUCGUGGACAGCGGGGCACUGAGCCUGAGCAGCGUGCGGUACCUGGUGCUGGACGAGGCCGACCGCAUGCUGGGCAUGGGCUUUGCGCCGCAGCUGGACCGCCUGCGCGGCUGCCUGCCCGCCGCCGCCCCGCCCCAGGUUUCGCUCUUCACGGCCACGCUGCCAGAGGGCGUGGCCGGCGUGGCCGCCUCUUGGCUGCGCGACCCGCUGUGUGUCUCCGCCGGCCCCUCCGCCGCCUCCAUCUCGCACAGCGUGACCCAGGUGGUGCAGAUCCUGGUGGCCUCAGAUGUCGCGGCGCGGGGGCUGCACAUCCGCAACCUGCCCUACGUCGUCAACUACGACUUCCCGGGGAACCUGGAGCAGUACAUCCACAGGGUGGGAAGAACAGGGCGGCUGGCGACCGACGGCCACGCCUUCUCCUUCUUCACGCGGGAGCUGGCGCCGCUGGCGGCCCCGCUCAUCGAGCUGCUGGAGGCGCACGACGCCGACCUGGACCCCAACCUGCUGCUGGUGGCCAAGGCGUACGCGGUGGUCAAGGAGAAGCUGGGCGAGGCAGAGCGGCCGCGCAGCGAGGACGUGCUGGGGGAGCUGGGGCUGAAGGCCCGCAAGAAGAAAGGGCGGCGCGAGGCUGACGAGGUUGCGGGCGGCCAGGCUGGGCAGGAGGCGCAUGGCGGCGAGGCCGUUGCCGGGCAGGGGCCAGUCGAGCCCGCCGCCCCUGCUCCUGCUUACAUCCCGGCCAAGGCCUUCAAGGGCGCCAGGCAGGGGUAUGUGUUUGGCAACCGGGCUUCGGGACUGGGAUACCACCUGGACACAGCGGCGGCCCCGGUGCAAGGCAAGAGGUCUUCUGGCCCGCCCGCCACCUCCCGACGGCCGGUGGGAGGCGCGGCGCCGGGCGACGCCGAGGUCCGAGUCGAGGCUGCCGUCGUGAAGCGGAAGAAAGCGCUGCCGGGGCGUCUGCGCAAGAAGCUGGCGGCCUCUGCUGCGCCGGCAUUAUAA